AAAAAAAGAAAUAGCUCUCUUCCUUUCUCCGCCAUCGUGGUGUGUGCAUUACUCCGUUUCUCGCCAUGUCUUCUCACAAGACUUUCAGGAUUAAGCGAUUCCUGGCCAAGAAACAAAAGCAAAAUCGUCCCAUUCCCCAGUGGAUUCGGAUGAAAACUGGUAAUAAAAUCAGGUACAACUCCAAAAGGAGACAUUGGAGAAGAACCAAACUUGGUCUGUAAGAAAUUACACAUGUGAUGGCACACAUAUUUAUGCUGUCUGUAGGUCACAGUC